CCUUGGAAAAAAUGUUAAAAUCUUCUGAACAUUUCAAAAGACACAUAAAAGCCCCUGGCGUAUGUCCUAAUUGAGGGAAAUUCAAGAUUGUGUCGCAAAUGCAUGGAUUUGUCGCAAACUACGUUGGGCUCCUCUUAAAAUCGACAGUUCUUGUGGCAAGAAAAACACUCGCGAAUGAAUUUCAAUUGCCACAAUCUGAAGAAUUAUUCGAGAAAAAAUUUUGUUCUUCAGUACAGCCAGUUCCCUCCAAGCCAAAAGCUAGUCAACUGUGGGUAUUGCAUAUCAAGUUGAAACCUAACGUGGUUUUACCUGCUGUGUACGCCUAUUGUAAUGGAGCCAAAGGUGGUUUAUACAAAGCGAUUCUGGCAAGGCUAGUGGAACUAGCACCCGGUUUGAAACACAAUCUGCAUACAAUUGUCACAGAUUUUGAAGCAGCCGAGAUAAACGCGAUCCGCAGUGUCUUCCCUACGGUUCGCUUGAGGUGCUGCUGGUUUCACUACACUCAGACAGUAACAAGAUAUUGGUACGACUUAAAACUGGAGGACGCUCCUCAGAUGAUCCUUUUUUUCACAUGGGCCUUGGCCUUGACACCCCCCGAAAAAUUUCAGGAAGGUCUUCGGAUAAUUUACAGCCGAAUCCUGCUUCAUUCCGAGAAAUUCCCCAAUCUACUGAAGUUUCACGCUUACCUUCAGCGUCAAUGGUUACCUAAAGCAGUUCUGGUGUGUGUUUUUGAAGAAGAUGAUCGAACCAACAAUUCAGCAGAAGCGUGCAAUCGCCAUCUGACUGAUGAACUUGGAGGCCGUAAGCCAACUCUUUGGACUCUUUUCUUCAAUUUGAAGCAAUACAUCGAACAGACUGAUGCAAAGUUGACUCGUGUUCAACACAAUAUUAAAAUUACCAAGACGUAUACCAUGCAGAAGCAACGAGAAGAUAACGAGAGAAUCAGAGAAUGCCAAAGAAAAUUAUCUAAUGAAGAAUUGGAUAUGGAGCAAUUCUUUUUCGACAUAAUUACUGAGGAAAGACAGCAAGAAAUAUUGACAGAAAUGGAAUCCUUAAUAGCAAUUGUUUCAGUGGAACCACAUGAGUUGGCUAGUAACGAGAUGUUGCUCUAUGCAGAGAAUUUCAAACCAGUUCCAGAAACAGAAGAAUAUGGCACUGAGAAAAGUAGUCGUGGUACGAGAGGCAGAAGAGGAUGUGAAAGAAGGGGAAAGGGUUCCAGGGGAUGCCAUGUGCCUCUCAAGAAGAAUGUGCCCAGUAUUAACGGUGCUGAAGGGAAUGGGACAAGCUUCAAAGUCACACGGGGAAGAGGUUCGAGAAAACGCCGUGUGCCGCCCACGGCGACGGUCAUAAGUAAUAGUGGUACUGAGAAGAAUGACACCAUCACAAAGUUCCCACUGAAGAGUCACCUAAUUGCGAUAGGUCAAACACUGCAUACAGUACAAAGUUCCCCUCAACUCCAGGAGACCCUUCUUGAUGAGGACAACUCAUUAGCCAGGAGAGCGAAAAUGGAAGAGGGUAGCCACGAAGACCAAAGAGUAGAUCUUUUAGAGCUCCCUCUUGUCGAUGAAGGGAUAGUUGAUCUGCAAGUCUUAGACUGGGAUCUACUGGAAGGUGCCGAAGAUUCGUUGAAUGUACAAGAGUAAGAAGUGUGAUAGAGGUGUACAAUGUAUAGGAGUCGAAAAUAAAAAAAUUUCGAUGAUA